ACCGCGCAGACGGCUCCACGCUCGUCGAAAUUGUAAUUUUUUUUUUAAUCGUCGUCUUUUUAUAUCCUAAAGUAAAGUACCUACUGCUGGAAAACAGGACUCUUGUAAGGAUCGCCAGAGAAAUACGAUUUUGUAUCGCGUGUGUAGUGUCAAGCAAUUCGGUGGAGUUCGUCCGUCCAAAGCUCCGGUUUCUACCUAAGCGUAGCGGUCAGCGAAUAGGUGUGUGUGGUUCAGUGGGCCAAUCAGAUUCUUAUUAGGUGGAAGCCGGGCCUUAGAGAGGGGUUGCUGAACGCUGCGUCAUGCGCUUUACAGUACAAGGCCGCCACUUAAGUAUUUUGGAUUUUGGAACCUCAACGAUUACAUCCUAGUGAGGAGCACCAAACGUAAAUUGGAACCUACCUACCUACUUACUAGUAAGGGGUCUUCAAACCCUGCGCUUUCCAGUAACCUUGAGACUCAAAAAAUAUGGAACUCCGUCAAAACUCCAUCCUCCGCAUAAGCGACGAAAAAACCAUGGAGCUAGUCAAUUUAUACGAAAAAGAAGGAUGCCUCUGGAACACCGAUUUAGAGGACUACAAACAUCGACAGACUCGACACGAAGCGGCGGAGAGGAUCGCCAAGAAGUUAAACAUCAAACACUUCACGUCCCGUUAUGUUGUUAUCAAGUUCAAGAAUCUGAGGAAUUCGUAUUGUCAGGAAUUGAAGAAGGUCGCCAACAGUGUGAAGGCGGGGGACGAUCCCGUGUACAAGCCCAAGGUGUUUUGGUUCAACAAAAUGGACUCCUUUUUGCGACCCCAUAUACAGCAUUUUAAUAAGGGUAAAUUCACUCACAAGACCUCAGUGAAAUCAGAACCGACGGAGGCUGAAGAAAUCGUCCAAUUCUCCAACCCAGAAGACGUUUUUGUGGAAGAGACCAAUUACUAUAGCGACAGUGAGGAGUUUGAGGAGGAGGAAUUCUCCCAAAAACGUUCCCGAAACUCCUCCACCACAUCAAAGAGACCCAGACUCGAGGAGUCUCGAGAGAGUGACUUAUCACAGAUGUUGAAGGACAUAUCCUCUCAUUUGCGCGUGAUGAGUAAUCAGAGUCAAGAUUGUCAUGAAAGUUUCGGGAAGUACGUGUCAGCCAUGUUGAGGAGCAUGCCGCUACAUCGCGCUAUGGAGGUGCAGCCUCACAUUGUGAACUUGCUGGUGGAGACGGCGUUGAAGAGGGAGGAAAAGGAAACCAUUACAUAGAGAAAUCGUUCAGAUCCUUUUAAUGGUCAUAACUCAUAACACAUGUGUCAGCUCGGAAAGGGAUCAAAAAAUAUUAAAAUAUUAGU